UAUACACCUCGAUUUCCACUACUCGUGCUUUGGGUUUCCUCCUGGAAGAAGAUGCCAUGGUAGGAAGCUGAGCGCCCACCUACAGGAUGAAGAUGGCGAAGAAGUUCCGGCCGCCGGUGGAGCCUCGCAGCUUCGGAUCCGGAUUGAUCGUCGGAUGCUUUCUGGUGUCGAUGACAUACGUUCUCAUGUCCAAGAAAGACAUAGUAAGUUGCUUGCCAUCAUCGCGUUCGUUGUUGUUGUCGUCCUCGCCGUCGUGGAGCGAUGCAACUCCUUCGAGUUCGAUAGUAAGCAAUAGAAAGAUUCAAUUGUCAGGACACGAGAAGGAAGCAGAAGAGAGUAAUCUCGAAAGAAGUGAAGCUAUCGACAUGCCUGACGAUUCGUCCCCCGCAGCAUCAGCGUCUGAUGUUUUAUCUGAAGAAGAAAGUUCUCCCAGCACUGAUGACAAAUCAGCUGGGAGGAAGCCAAUGUGUGAUGUUUCCGGCUACAGAUUAGACACCUGCGAUAUCGCAGGGGACGUCAGAGUCAUCGGGAAGAAUUCAUCCUCUGUAGUGCUUGUCGUUACCCCUGAUACGAGCAGCACAGACAGGAACGAGUCAUGGCAGAUCAAACCUUAUCCUCGCAAGUACGACUCCUCGGCCAUGGCUAAAGUCCGUCCGCUGAACCUGAAAUCACUGAACGGUGAUCCAGAAGCCCCUCGAUGCAGCAUCAACCACACAGUCCCCGGCAUCCUGUUCUCCACCGGCGGCCACUGCGGAAACUGCUUCCACGACUUCGCCGACGUGCUGAUCCCCCUCUUCCAGACCGCCAUCCCCUUCCGGGGCCGAGUCCAGUUCAUCAUCACCAAUCACCAGCGUUGGUGGAUGAACAAGUAUCGCCCCUACCUGACGAAGCUCUCCUCGUAUGACGCCAUCGACUACGACAACGACGACAGAGUGCACUGCUUCGACCAUGUCAUCGUCGGCCUGAGAGCCGAAAGAGACCUGAUGAUCCAUCCCCCGAACGGCGGCAACUACUCCAUCAUGGACUUCGUGAAGCUCACUAGGAGCGCGUACUCGCUGGAGCGGGACCGGCCGUGGACGCCCGACCAGCAGCCGGGCAACAAGCCGAGGCUGCUGUUCAUAGCGAGGGGCGGGACGAGGAAGUUCAUGAACCUGGACGAGAUCGUGCCCAUGGCGGAGCAGGUGGGCUUCGAGGUGGUGGUGUCGGAGCCGGACUUCUACGACGUGGCCAGGUUCGCGCACAUCGUGAACUCCUGCGACGUGAUGGUGGGCGUGCACGGCGCCGGGCUGACCAACUUUCUCUUCCUCCCCACCGACGCCAUCGUCAUCCAGGUGGUGCCGUUGGGGAAACUGGAUUGGAUCGCCACCAACUUCUACGCAGAGCCCGCCAUGGGGAUGGGGCUGCGGUACUUGGAGUACAACAUCACGGUGGAGGAGAGCACGCUGACGGAACUGUAUCCGAGAGACCACCCGGUGUUCGCGAACCCCGAGUCCAUCCACAAGCAGGGGUGGUUUAAGCUGGGGAACGUGUUCCUUAAGCAGCAGAAUGUAAAGCUUGAUGUGAGCAGAUUUAGGUCCGUCCUGGUGAAGGCGCUCGAGUUGCUGGGCGAGAAGAGGGACUGAGUGUUUUUUGCCCGUGUGUACAUUGAUCCAAUUCGAUUACGGCUUGAUAUUGUGCUGUAACCAAUAUUGUUUUCUCCAGAAGAAGUGAAUAAAUAGCUGCGUUCUUGUCUUGAUUA